CAUUAAGUUGGCAUGGGGGUGUGACUGACCAGACAUACCUCUCAGGUAUAUAAGGAACGACGAGCAUGUCGAAAGGAUGGAAGAUGCACCCAUCACAUCUUUCUUUACAAUCAAGACAAGCAUCCAUCAAUCCAGCAACUUUCACACUUCAACCACAUACCCGACUCCACCUGUACGUACACAAGCAACCAUCACUUAACUCUAAACCCUGUCGUCAUCAAUAAGCACCGACUCUUCAAUACCUCUUGACGCCACCACACCACAUCACCACAUCAUCACAUCGCCGUCUGGCCUCAGCCGCCAUAAAGAACUCACAAUCACUAAUACUCAAUACCUUAGAAACAACCGCAACGAUCACAAUGGCCGCUACAUCUCUUCCCACCUCCAUGAAGGCCGUCUACCAACCAGACCCCAAGUCCACCCACCUCAUCCUCACCACCACGCCGCUCCCCAAGCUCUCGGAUCCCCAGGACUACCUUAUCAAAGUCAAGGCCGUGGCGCCCUGCCUCAACGAGCUGACAUGGGAGCUCAACUUCCCCCAGCUCUACCCCCCGGACCGCGAGCGAGUCCCCUGCACCGAGUGUGCCGGUGUCAUCGUCGACGGACCCGCAGACGGACCCUUUAAGCCUGGCGACGAGGUCUUCUACCGCAACGACGCCUGGAACACCGGCACCCUGCGAGAAUACGCCGUUGCUCGUGCCCCCCAGAUGGCGCUCAAGCCGAAGACGCUCAACUGGACUGACGCUGCCGCUACCCCUUUGAGCGCCCUCACCGCGUGGCAGGGCCUCUUCGAGCACGGCACGCUGGAUAAGGCAGCCAUCCACGGGGACACAGCCGCCCGGGAGAAGAACGCCAAAGCCCGAGUCCUCAUUACCGGAGGAGGCGGCGGUGUUGGCAGCUGGGCCGUGCAAUUCGCCUCGGCGGCCGGGGCGGGAGCCAUCGUCGCCGUAGCAGGCCCAUCCAAGGCCUCCGACGUGCGCGGGUUCGGGGCCACCGAGUUCAUCGACUACACACAGCAGUCCAUCGACAAGUGGGCGGCCGAAGACGCUGCGGCCCGCGAGGUCGACCUCAUUCUCGACUGCGUCGGCGGGGCCACGACGAGCAGCUGCUGGACGGCGAUCAAGAACGGCGGGACGUUCCUCAGCGUUGCGGGUCAGCCGGAUGCGUCGAAGCCCGAGGGGGAGACCAAGACGGUUGCCAAGGGCGAAUGGUUCCUGGUCCAGUGCCGCGGCAGCGACUUGGCUGAGAUUGCGCAGCUGGUGGAUGCUGGCGAGUGCAAGCCCCUUGUCGACAGCGUGUUCCCGUUGGAGAAGUUUGCCGAGGCGUUCGACCGGGUGGAGGGUGGAAAGUCAAAGGGCAAGGUCGUCAUCACGGUGUCAAAUUGAGGCUUUAUCCAGGGGUUUGGUGGUGUUAGUUUAGUGUCGUUGAUGGACUUCUUCUCAGCUCAAGAAAACAUGAUAAGAGCCAAUGUAAUGGAGGCUCGAAACCUCAAUACUAAAAUUAUUAAG